AUGCCUGCGGUCUUGGUCGAACGCGGGAAAUCGUCGGCGGAGUCCUGGAAGACCUUCACGCCGCCGGUGGACCCUUCCCGGUGUCAGGCGAGGACUUGGAAUGCCGGCCGGGGGGGCCAAUGCUCUCUCAGGCCCUGCUCCGAGCAUCGGCUCUGCCAGACCCAUGAGCGUCAGCUCUGCUCUGCCAGGGGCCUCACGCACGGCUUCGUGACGGGGCCGAUCCCUGCGGAGAAGCUCUCAGAGUUCGAAGUCUUCGCCCUCAAGGACUGCAGCUCAGGGCUCAAGAGGGCUUCCGAGGCGAGCCCGGAGGCGAAGGAGAAGGCCAAGGCGAGACGCCUGCAGCUUUUGCGGUCCAUUGCCUUUGCGCAGUCUGGGGUGAAGCUGAAGGUCGGAAAACCAGAGGAGCCACGCCUGCAGCGCGCGAGAGGCUCUCCUCGCUUGCAGCCCAAGGAGCCGCGCUUGCAGCGUGUGAGGGGCUCUCCGCGCUUGCGGCGGGCGGGCGAAGCUUCCACAUCUAGCAGCAGCGAUAGCAGUAGCGACAGCGAGGACGCGGUGAAAGCGCCAACGCCGCAUUUGAAGGAACCCCCAGGCACGGAGCAAACCCAACCGCUGCUGGUUGCUCUGGAGAGCCUGCGGAGCACUGAUGCCUGGCCCUUUGCCAGGCUUUUCGGACGUUGCCCAGAAAUGAGGGGAACGUCCGAGAAAACGGCGGAGCACUUGCGCUUCCUGCGAGCCUUUUCGUAG